CAGAAUUCAGAAUACUUCCCCGCUUUAUCUUCUCUGUCAAGUCUGAACUUGAAUUAAACAAGAGCCGCCAUGGUGAAGUGGAGUGACAAGGAGCGCGCUGCCAUUACCAGCAUCUUUGCCGGCCUGGACUAUGAGGACAUCGGUCCCAAGGCACUGGGCAGGUGUCUGAUCGUCUACCCCUGGACUCAGAGAUACUUCGGGUCCUUCGGUAACCUCUCCAAUGCCGCGGCCAUCAUGGGCAACGCGAACCUCGCGGCCCACGGUAUCAAGGUGCUGCACGGGCUGGACCGGGCUCUGAAGAACAUGGACAACAUCAAGGAGACCUAUACCGAUCUGAGCAUCCUGCACUCUGAGACGCUGCACGUCGACCCCGACAACUUCAAGUUGCUGUCUGACUGCCUGACCAUCGUCGUCGCUGCGAAAAUGGGAAACUCCUUCACUCCAGAUAUACAGCUCGUCUUCCAGAAGUUCCUGGCCGUGGUGGUGUCCGCUCUGGGAAAGCAGUACUGCUAAAGCCAGCAGCAGCUUCCGCACCUGGACACCACCAAAAAGAUCUGACGUUUGGUUACAUGCCACUUGUCUCUUCAAUAAUUAAAUAAAGUCACGCUGAAGCAAAGUUCAA